AUGUCGGAGGCCCCGCACCUUGGGUUUGCCUCGCCGGCGCGUCCAAACGUGCCGAUGCCAGCCCCGGGCCCGAACUCGCCAGCGAUGCCCGGCGCCGAGGCCUGGUCGCCUGGGUCGCCCUCGGCGGCGCUGGCCAUGUCCAUGUUCUCGAUGCCCGGGCGCACGCCGAGCACCGAGCCGGCCCUGGCGACGCCGGCGCCGGGCGGCUUUUCCGCGCCGAGUCCCGGGCUGGGACCCGCAUCGCCGGGGCCCAGCGCGUCGACCCUGCGCGGGGCCGCCCUGCACCCGGGCUUCGGAGAGCCGGAUGACCUGUUCCCGCCGACGCCGUCGCGGCCCGGGUCCGGGGUGUCGGCCACGGGCCCGGGCGUCGCCAGCCCGGCGGCCGACGUGCUCACGCCCACAGCCCCGGCUGUCGCGGCCCAGGGGGAUGUCAUUCCCGGUGAUGCGGUGGGGGCCCUUUGCCGUGCCCUGCGGCAUGAGGUUCUUCCGCGCCUGGCCGGGCGCUCGGUGGCCGUCCAAUCGACCGAUCCCCUGGUGGCGCUGGCCGUGCGGACGGCGCUGGCGGCGCCGGCCGGCGGGGCCUCGGAGUCCGGGCCCGAGCCACACUCGCGCCCGGCGUCCGGUGCCCUGGAGGGCCUCACCGUUGAGGACCAUGUUGCCAUCGGAGCUCUCUCUCGGAUGCUGAUCCACUCGGCGCGCGAGGGCCAGGGCAACAGUUGCCUGGUGACCGGGUCCUCCGCGUCGGGCAAAACCCGCGUCAUCGAGUAUGCGCUGGCGGCACUGCGGCUGGCCUGCCGAGCGGGCUUCGACCCGAACCGGCUGUCCGAGUGCCUGGAGGGGCCGGAAGGUGCGGCACCGCGUCUGGUCCGGCUGUCGGGCCUGGCGGCGGUCGACGAGCGGGCCGCCCUCUUUGACAUCGCGCGGCAGCUGAGUGCCGAGGAUGCCCUGGCGGCGCGGCUGGAGCAGGCCCCGGCUCGGGCACAUGCCGCCGGGCCUGGCGACAUCUCGGACGAGGAGGAUGACGAGGAGGCCGCCGGGUCGGGCGGCCGGCGGUCCAGCCGCGAGGCGGCCUCCGCCGGCCGGCGUCUCGACGUGGCCGAUGCCCUGAAUGCCGUGCUGGCCACCCUGCGCGUGGGCGCCGGGGCUGGGCCCUCGGGCCCGGUGGCCACGCCGGCCGGCGGCGGGGCCACCCCGCCGGUGGUCUUUGUCCUGGACCAUGUGGAGUAUUUGGUGUCGGGGCGCCAUGGCCGGCAGGCGCUCCUGUACAGCCUGCUGGAGCUGACCAUCGCCCUGACCGAGCGCCCGGUGCUGCUGGUGGCGGCCACCUCGCAGUCGGAUGUGCUGGAGUCGCUGGAAAAGCGAGUCCGGUCGCGCUUUUCCAACACCCUCAUCCGGGUGGACCCGCCGCACCCGGCCGAGCGACUGGCGGACAUGCUCUUCAUCCAUGGGCACUGGGGCCCGGACCCGGCCGGGGCCCUUGGCGCUUGGAAUGCCCAGGUGGAGCGCCUGGCCGCUCGGCUGGAUUGGGCCUUGGAGGAGGUGGUCGGCGAUGCGCGGGACUUGACCCGGGCCGCGGCCAACCUGGUGGCCGCCGGCCUGGCCGAGCUGCAGGAGGCGGCCCGGCGCCCGGAGCCCCCCGGCCCCGUGGCCAUCGGGCCCUUGCUGUCACCCGAGGAGCUCCGGCGCCAGUGCCGGCGACAGGCCCACGCUCGCAGCACCCCGGCCCGCUUGCAAGACCUGUCCGUCCUCCAGCUGGCCCUGCUGGUGGCCUCCUUCCGGUUGCCGUUCUACACGACGGCCACCCACUCGGCCGGGGCCGCGCACAAGAUCCGCGGUGGCCGCGGCGCGGCCGGGUCCCUGAGCAGUUCGGAUGGCGCCCUGCUGGCCGGGAGCACGCUCUCCGGCGAGCCAUGGCCCGUCUUCAAUUUCGACAUGGUGCACCAUACCUACACGCAGUUUGCCCUGCGCCAAACUUCCCACCACACGGACGUCUACAGCCGGCCGGUGUGUCAAAAGGCCUUCGCCGACUUGGUGGCCCUGGAGCUGGUCAUCCCGGCGGUCGGGGCUUCCGGCAAUGUGGUCAAUUCCGGGGCGGCCGGGUCGAUGAUGGUCCGCUCGGCCAUCAGCGAGGCCGACCUGCAGGCGGCCAUCCGCACGCGCCCCGAAUGCCCGGUCAUGCUGCGGCUGUUUGCCGGGGUGUGAGAGGGUGGCUUGGCGUCGGUCCUUGCGGCGGGGAGGGCCUGCCGCCCGGCUGCUGGGCCCCGGCCACCGCAGACACCGGCACACGCAUAUACAUAUAUAUACACACACAC